AUGGUUUUUUACAAAAGGAAAACGGUUGAACCUCUUCAACCGCGGCAUGUCCCUUCGUUAAAUAGUGAUGUGUGGUAUAUACCAGAAACAAGAGAGUUUUUUGAGACGUACGAGGAAUAUCUCAAACGUAUGGAUUUUUAUAACCAAAAAAAAUUCAUUUGUGAGCUUACUGGUCGUUCAUGUUUAACAUUUUUUCAGGCUUUAAAAAGCGAGGCUGUCCAGUCACAAAAAGUUAUUGAUAGAUUUCCCGCUCCAUUAAAGGAACCAAUUCUUCGAAAAAUCCAAUUUUCUACAACUUCGCGGCUGGAUACUUUGGUUGAUGAUAUUUAUAAUAUUUUCAAACAUGACUUUUAUCCAGGCGAAAUAGCCAUAGCUAAUUUAAAUGAUCAGCGCGUAAAAGUAACUAUUCGAGAAAAAGCCAAGUUCAGUGCUCGUCGUUUAUCAAGUGGUGAAUUUCAGCCAGCUACUUGUAAAUGUCGUGUAGAACUACUAUCUUCCCCUGAUCAAGAGGCAAUAGUUGAUGAGUCUGAGUUAACUCGAGAUCGAAAGUAUUUUACGAAAGUUAUUCUUAAAACAUUCAUCAAAUAUUCUGUACACCGUGAAUCUUGGGCUGGAGCUCCAUGGCUUGUUAAAGAUGAAUAUGCCAAAAUGCAUCGUAUUGAUCAAACAAUACCUGUUCAUUUACAACGACAUAAAGGCCAGCCUUCUCCUGAGGAUCUUAAACAACAACGACAAGAACAGCGUGAAAAAGCACGUCAAGAGAAAAAACGAAUAAAACAAGAACUUGCAAUAGAAGCUAAAAGAUUAAAACAAGAAGCUAAACAACAAAAGCUAGAAAUGAUGGAAGUUCAAAAAGGAAAGCCGAAACAAAAAGAAAUAAAACAACAAAAACUUUCAGCUCUUGGUUUCGAAUCUAUUCAAACUCCAAAUACAGAUUUAACAUUAAUUGAUUCCAGUAAUGAGUCCCCUCCAAAAGGGUUUCAGCCAAUUCUUCCUAAUCUUGAUAGUAAGCUGGAGGUUGAUCAAAUUUCUACUCCCAUUAAAGGUGAUAUUCAAUCUACUAUUACAUCAGGUUCAGCUACCCCUACAGUUGAAGGAUCACCAGCACCUGGAUUAUCUACAAUCUCUUCUUUUUCAUCAAAAAAUGAACGUAUUUUAACACAGGAAGAUCUUAAUAUACCAUUCGACAGCUUUCGUGCUACAUUAAGGCCAUCGCUUAAGCAGGAAACUAGACUUGAACCACCAUCUUUAGUCAAUCUAGCGCUUGAAACGUGGCUUUUUCUUAACAUGUAUAGUGAUCCUUUAGUUCUCGACACAUUUACUUUUGACGAUUAUUUAGAUGUUCUUCAUUAUGAUGAUCCUGCAACAGAAUGUCCCUUACUUAAUGAAAUUUUUUGCUCUCUUUUAUGCACAAUUGUAGGGACUGAUUCGACAGAGUUACUUAUACAAUUCCCCGAUCCUCCAGAAGAACCUACUUUAGACUCUGAAGAUGAUGAUUUAAGCUCUGACGAAGAAAACGAAAGUGAAGAUGGGUAUAAUGGUGAAGAUGAAGAUAAUUCUGAAACAACUAACCUGGAUAAUGUAAAUGGUCUUAAUGACAAAAGUGAGGCUAUAUUACUUGAUAAUUCUAGUAAAAACAAUAAGUCAAAUUCGUCCAAUGAGGAAUUCAGUAACGCUGAACAAAAAAAAAUAUCUAUUGAAACGGAAACAAAUAGAGCCGAAUUUUAUUCUAAAUUUAAAUCAACUAAAUGGGAGGAAAGAUUGAGAAGGAGAAUGUUUAAGGAUGGUGGUUGGCAGGUUAUAUUAAUUGGACUUUUGCAUAGCGUUCUUUAUGUUCCUGAAUGGAAAGAAUCUAUACAAACAAUUUUAGAUAACAUGGCACCAUUGGAUAAGCCUGUAACUCUUCAAUCGGCUCUGAAUUGCUUUAUGGAACUUUCCGUCGAAUUAAGACUUAAGGCAUUACAGAUAUUAUGUGAAGUUUUACAUGGUUCUAAUCUUGUGCGAAACUUUAUUGACCAGUGCUUGGAAGAAAGUACACGGAUUCGACGAGAACGUCUUGAAAAUCUUAGAGAGUAUAAAGCCUUACUGGAGACCCUUAAAAUGCUGGAGGAAAAAAAGAAACCUUAUUUUCCUAAUGGAUUUCCUAAAACUUCACACACCAAUGGAAGUAAUGUUAUAGGAGGAAUGGGAACUCCCAUCACAGAAAACAGUGACGAAGAAUCCGAUGACGAGCUUAAGUAUCAACUUUUUUCUGUGGGUGGAAAGCGUCCUGCUUCUUCCGUGACAAGACAAAGAAAGAAACGCAAAAAUGACGCUGAAAUGGCAUUAGCUAAAGAAAAUCAUGAAUUUCGCAAACUAUUUCAACAAGGGGAGGCAACUCUUUUAAAAAUUGAAGAACUUCUUGAUGCCAAUAGGGAAGUUGAACUUGAGCUAGUGAAAUUAGAUACUCAAAGGGCUAAAAUGUUAGGGAAGGAUCGUUAUCACAAUAGAUAUUGGUGGCUUGAAGGUAAUGGCAUUCGACGCUCGUCUGAAGAUGAUUUUAAAAAAGAAGCAAAAAAACCAGAAGAGAAAAAACCCAAACCUAAAAAAUACGGUCGUUCAGAUCCUUCCGAAAAAACAGCAGCCGCCACUCCGAAUGUGGAUAAAGAAAAAUCUGAAGAAGAAGAAGAAAGCGAUUCUGAUCUCGGAUAUUUAAUGGGUAGAAUUUGGGUUCAGGGACCAACCGAUGAAGAACUACAAGGAUAUCUUAAGAUUGAACCUGGUUCAAAAAUUCCUAGAGUGUCUUUGGAUCCAACAGGCCAGUUUAUAACAUAUGAAAAUGACUUGGUAAUUAGUUCCCGGAAAAUUGCAACAGAAUCUAGGAUUCUCAUAGAUAAAAACGGAACAUCUGAUCAUGAUCUUUUCAUUGCAGAACGGAAAUCUAUUGAAGAACGAGAUUUAAUUCUUGAAAAUCAUAUGAUAUGGGGCUAUUAUGAUGAUCCAGAUGAUGUUCAAUCGUUGAUUAAAUGGCUUAAUCCUUAUGGAAUAAGAGAGUCUAAAUUGGCAAAGGAAAUAGUAAAUUUGAAACCUGAGAUCACCGACUCUAUGCGAGCAAGAAAAGAGGAUUUAACUAAUGAUACAAUUGAACAAGAAGCAGAGCUGAAAAACGUUUUAGAAGACGAUGAUGAUAUAAAAGAACUUGAUACCAAAAUUUCGAUGGUCAGGUCAUUGCUUGAAGUUAUCGAACAAGAUAAUAUCAAUGAAAAACAACUUGAUAAUAUUGCUGAGUCAUUUUUAGAAUCUAAACCUUCUACUACAACAACCGAUUCUUUGACUCGUUCAAGUAGAAAAUCAUCUCGAUUAGGCGCUACAGCAACAUCUUCACAUGCAAGUUCAUCGAGCCCAUCUCCUGGAAAACGGCGUUCAACACGUGGAAGUUCACGAAGAGCCACUAUUUUGUCAGAUGAUGAUGAUAGCAGUACUGAUAAUCAUGAUGAUUUUAAUUCACAUGCAGAAGAUCCAGUUCAAUCUUCUCCAUUGAAACAAAAAAAUUUAAAAGACCGAAUACAAGAUCAAAAACUCCGAUUAAUCAAAAAAUUGGAUACUUUAAAAAAAGAAAAAGAAUCUACUAUUACGAGUUACAAACAAGAUUUGGCUCAAGGUCGUGUUCUUGGAUGGGAAAAUGCAAAGGCUAAAGAAAGAUUUGGACACUCACUAUAUGAAUCUCAGAAAAAACGAGGACCAAUAAGUCGUGGAGGUUCAAGAAAAAAGAAUUCAUAA